AUUAUGCUCAGCUUCAUCGUCCUUUGCGGUUGCAUCGCGUACGCAGUGGCGCAAAGUACAACGGCACGCAUCCUAAUAUACUCCGCGACAGCAGGUUUCCGACACGAUUCUAUUCCUACAGCCAUUGAAGCGCUGAAGCAAGGAGGCAACCCCAUCAAUGUUCAAUUCGACGCUACAGAAGACCACUCUCAAUUCACUACGGCGAUCCUUUCUCAGUAUGAUGCAUUGUUAUUCCUCAGCACAACGGGAGAAGUUCUCGACGACCCUGGAAAGGCAGCGUUCCGGACGUAUUUGAAUAUGGGAGGGAAUUUUAUUGGAGUGCACGCCGCUUCUGAUUGCCUGAGGAACACCAGUUCUUACAGAAGCGAGUUAGGAACCCUAUUUGAUUAUCAUCCUCCUCUACAGAACGCCAUCGUUAAUGUUGUGGGACCCUCCCAUCCGAGCACCAGAAAGCUUCCUGCAGCAUGGAAAGUCCAAGACGAGAUGUAUAACUUUAUUUCCGACCCGCGUGCUAUCGGUGCCACGGUCAUUCUUUCGGCUGAUGAGUCUAGCUACGUGGACAACGGGACCAGAAAAUUCGAUCAGGGCACACCCCACCCAACAGCGUGGUUUCAAGAACGAGGCGCUGGCGCUGAAGCUGGUGGAACUAAAGGGCGCAGUUUUUAUACCAGCCUUGGGCAUCUAAACGAGACUUGGAAAGAUGACCUUUUCAUGUCACACAUCAUUGGUGGUGUAUCUUGGGCCUUACAAGGGAAUACAACUCGUGCAUUCAACGCCUCUGCCCUGGUCGGAAACUCCCAGCAAUCUACGACCAGCCGCGUUGGAGCGGCUUCUACAGCCGCGGGACCCCGAGAGUCAGCGCACACCUCCAGAAGUGUAGUCUCAAGGCCUGCGUGGCUGCUCUUGGGGAUGGGAGUGUUGCAGAAUUUAUUCCUUUGUAAUGAUAUAUGAUGUUUUGAAUAUUUACCUGUAAGGACGAUCUUACGAUAGAAAUUUAUCUCCUGGCAUGUC